AAUACGUUGCGUCUAAUUUGCUGGGCAAUGGGACCUGAGCAAAACCAACUCGACGACGUUGCCUCCCCGUGAGUCCUGGAGCUCAGGAAACUAGUUGUCGGCUCAGAGCGGAUAUGAAGCGGUAGGAGGAGGAUGGAGAUGCCGGAGGAGAAAUAGCCAACGACCAAGCAUCGAUCGCUUUGUUUCCUACCAAACAUUCAAGCUCGACCGGCGACAGACCAUGAUUGAGCUGUUUCAUGCCACAGAGCUGAAUACCAAAUUGCCUUCCACUAUCAAGAGAUAGCCAGUCUGCAGGAUGGAGUCCCGAGAGGAAUGACAGAGUCUCUUCCACCGUGGGUGACGCACCGACAGUCGGAGAAAAUGCACUGGGCCGGUGGAUACGUUUUUCUGCUCCUGGUGUCCCUUAUCGCCUCUCGCACCGCUGGGGCCUUAUCAGUGGACACGGAUGGAAACCGUACGGAAAACGGCAACUUGACAGACGGCGGAUUUGUCCCAGUUGCGUUCACAAAAGUGAGCCAGAUAAUUGCCCGGGAGGGGAGCUGCGCACUGAUUGAUUGCAAUGUCACCGGAGAGCCGUUCCCCAGCAUUCAGUGGUUCAACUCCCAUGGAGACCGUCUGGACACGGAGCCGAGCGGUGGGAAGUGGUGGCUGCUGGACAACGGUGUCCUCAACAUCACCAGCAUCGAGUUUGCAGACCGUGGAAAAUACACCUGCAUGGCAUCCAACGUGCACGGCAGCUCCAACUGCACGGUGACGCUGCGUGUGGUCUUCACUAACGGUGACAUGGGCGUGUACUACAUGGUGGUGUGUCUGGUCACCUUCACCAUCAUCAUGGCCCUGAACGUCACACGCCUCUGCAUGAUGAGCAGCCACCUGAAGAAGACGGAGAAAGCCAUCAACGAAUUCUUCCGCACAGAGGGCGCCGAGAAGCUGCAGAAGGCCUUCGAGAUCGCCAAGAGGAUCCCCAUCAUCACCUCGGCCAAAACGCUGGAGCUGGCCAAGGUGACGCAGUUCAAGACCAUGGAGUUUGCGCGGUACAUCGAGGAGCUGGCUCGGAGCAUCCCGCUGCCGCCGCUCAUCAUGAACUGCCGCACCUUCAUGGAGGAGAUCCUGGAGGUGGUGGGGGUGGAGGAGAUGAGGCACACCUUUGUCAGACAAGCUCCGGAGGGGCGGCACGACGCAGCCUGCAGGGUUCCCUCCAUCGGGGCGAGAGACGUCUUCACCAUCCUGCAGGAGAGAGAGAGGGAGCGAGGGAGGGAGCGCAGCGAGUCGCCUGCCGCCGACUCGGACAACUCCUCGGUUCAUGAGCAGCCGCAGCACAUCGCCAUCCAGGUGUCGGUCCACCCGCCGCUCGCCGUCAGUGGUUACUGCAGCAUAGAAGCUCCACCCCAUCCGGAGGCCACAGGCGCCUCUCCUCCCCCUUCCUCACCCCCGCCGCUUGCUCCUCUUCAACACGAGGAGCAGCUGGAUGUUGAGGGAGAGCAGAGCGGCGAACAGGCUGCAGCAGAACCGACGGCAGAUAAGACGCCUCCCUGCCAGGUGUUCUAUGAGAGCCAUGUGUGACGAAACAAACGGAUACGUUUUCCUGCUAUGCAUUUCCACUUGAAAAUGAAAAAAGGUCAUUUUUGAUUUCAUGUUUUGGACAGAAGCAAUCACGUUUUAUUUAUCUUUUCUGAACAUAAUCUCUUGAAACCUUUGUAAGCUGAUCUACUGAGAACAAAUCAAAAGGUUUUUAGAAACUUGAGCAUUUUUUUCACUCUGGAUUUUCAUGCUUGAAUGUACACAGGAGGAGUAAUGAAUAUUGUUAAUGUACAAAGCAAAGAAUUGUAAAGGAACAGUUCCUGUGUUGAGGUUUUCGUAGCUCAGACUAUUACUUAAAGAAUUAGGGUACUUCACUCUUGGGGGGGAGGAUGAUUUUUCAGUUAGUUUCUUACAGUGCUAGGGUUUUUAUGACUAACUCCAAAAAUCUGCCUCAAGCUGCUCUUUAUGCUGUUUUUUUUUAAACCAUGAAAGCAGGCUUCUUCCAUUCGCUCAAGAAUUCACUCACAUCCAGCUACUGCUACAGCCAGUCUGCUGUUGUCCUACUAUGUCCUGCUCACCUAGAGAUGCAUGCUGGACUGAAAAAAAAAACACGGGAGAGUUGGGUCACAUUUUCAUGAUUGUAUGGCCUUCUGCACUUCCAAAAAUAAAUUAAAAAAAAAUAAAAAAAUAAGAGGGCAAGCCAGGUGAACCUGUCAGUAUAUUUCUUGAUUGGAAACACCUCUGGGUGGAGUUUGUAUCCUUGUCUCCUUUGAAAUGUUUUCAAGAGUAUUAUAUUAUUACCCAUUGUGGUGUGAUUUUGUUUCUCAGCUAGUUUAGGCAGAUUUAAAACAGUCUUUUGUCUCCUUCCUCCUCAUAGAGAGGAGCAGCUUCUUUUGCUGCGUCAUGUGCUAAUUUUAAGUUUAAUUUGACUCCUGACCUGAUCUCUCAGCAUCGUCUUGCUUCUGCAGGAGCUUUACAGUACAGUCGCACUUCUGCUGCAUGUGUAAGUGGACGGUUGAGAGGUUUCUCUGGGACUAAAAGGACUCCUUUUGUUUUUUCCUUUGCUUGGCUAACAGUCCAGUGUGUGGCAGAGAUGAAGUGGACGCUGUUCUGCUUUUACUGGUGCUCUUGAGAUGCCUCUUUUUUGUAGUGGAAUAAAAUGGAAGUGCUGUGCAAAAAAAAAAAAAAAGUUGGUUGAAAUGUGUUAUUUUUGUAGUUCUUAAUGGCACAAACAGACAUGACUAAAUAUGAGCCUUCAUUACUCCGCCAAGGAACGCGGCGGAGUUAUGUGACGAUCACAGUUAAUGGUAUUUACGCAGCUAAUCAACGUCAGGCGUCCUUAUGUGCAGCCACCUUGUUGUCAUAGAUAUGAAUGAGUAGAUAGGACACGCCCCUUUGAGCUGCGUGCUACAGCGAGGCUAAGCUAGUGGGGGCAAAGUUUCAGUGCAUUCCGUUGAUGUAGACGGUGUGAAAACGGAAACAACAAGUAUGCCGGCUCACUGUGCUGCAUACAAUUACACACUACGUCGUACGAUUGAGACAAGGAAACUUGGAAUGACUUUUCAUAGGUUUCCCAGAGACUAUGGGUUGAGGAGGAAUUGGAAGUUUGUCAGCUUAGACCUGGUGUCAUUCCAUCAGUGUUAAACUUCCCGGCUCAUCUUGGAAGAGUAUGUGCCAGAAAGACCACGACCAAGCAGCCUUGAGAUCUUAGGCAGCGUCUCCCUGAGGUCCCUCUCUAUCUCCCCACACAUCCACCAACCACUGGAACACAUCUCCAAAGUUCUGCUGGGCCAGCUCAGCUUCCCCUCAGAAGAAGUGCUGCCACCUGCCAGAUGAAGGAGCCUUUUGACAGGCAGCUGGCAUCAUGAUUGGACUGUACUUUGGUCUGUUCCAAUCCAGCUUCAGCUCCAGAGACGGCAGGCGGGACGAGUCAACGGAAGCCUGGUGGACGAAGACAUGCAGCUGAGUACAAUCCAGAAAACAACAGAGGAGGAGUGCAGUGGCCCAGAGCCAGAACAACCAGAGUAGCAUGGUAUGUCUCUUAGAAAACAUCAUAGUAUAGCCUUUGGUAUGAAAAAACGCCAUCAUAUACAUCGUAUAUUGUACAAAUAACAAGUCAAAGGAAAGAGACAUCAGUUGUAGAAUUGUAGUAAUUGUGGGCUGACUGAUUUACUGAUUAUCAAUAUUUUAUUUUUUACUGAUUUACGGUAAUAAAUACAUUUAAAAAUGGCGCUA